AUGGAAACUGUGGAAGUUAUAGAGCCAGGUUAUGCUAAAACUAAACAGAUUAUUAGUCACUAUGGAAAAAAAUACUAUUUGGGAUACAUUAAUUAUGGAAUCCAAGGCAUUAAAGAAGAGACUUGUGCAGUGAAAAUCUAUUAGUUAGAAAGCAUGGUAUGAAGAAUUUCUAAUGGUAGUAAGACAACAUUGAUGCUGAAAGAGAGAAAGAAGUACUGAUGAGUCUGGAUCAUGAAAAUAUUGCCAAAACAUACAAAAUUAUAUAGAAGGACAAGUAGAUUUACAUUUUUAGGGAAUAUGACGCACAGAUGACUUUGAAAACUCUUAUCGAUAGAUUAGAAGCUGCUAAAUAAGAGAUUGAUUGCAGUAAGAAGUUCAAUUAUUAUAAUAGGGCUUAUAUUAAGUUUAGGUGCCAGAAUGAUCGAUUGUCUCAAUUACAUGGAAUCAUUAUCGCUUACAAAUAGAGAUUUGAAUCCUAGCAAUAUUUUCCUUAAUUAGGAAAUGAAUUUUAAAAUUUUUGAUUUCGGAUAAUCUAAAAUCAUAGAAAAGGACGAAAUAGGACUUACUAUGGGUAUUGGUAUUAAUGAUGUAUAGAAUCUAGUAUUAUUUAUAGUAUUUUAUGAGUCCUUAAAUGUUGGGAUUAGAAGAAGAAAAUGGUGAAAAUAUAGAACUUAAUUAUUACAAAAGCGACAUUUGGAGUUUGGGCAUGAUUCUCUAUUAUUUCGGAGAAUAUUAAUAUCCUUGGAGAAGAGAAUUAAAAUAGAGUGAAAUGGAAUUUGAAUUGGAAAUUCAAAAGAUGAAAGAUCCUAAUUAUAAACUGUAAUUUAGAAGAAUUACAAGUCCAGAAUUAAAAAGUUUGAUUUCAAGAAUGUUGAUUUAUGAUUAGGACAGGAGAGCUUCUGCAAAGCAAUUACUAGAGGAACCUUUCAUUAAACCAUAUGUGAAAUAGCCAUCUCCAUAGGUAUUCUUAAAUUUACCAUAUCAUUUAGAUAACUAAAUUACAAUUUUUGUGCGAAUUGAUUUAAAGGUUGAAAGAUAUGAAAGCUGCAUACGACGUUGAUGAAGUGUAUUAAGACUUAAUUUUCAAUCUUUUAAUAAGAUAUUUUACUGAAAAUAAGAAGUUGCUCAAUAAGAGAUCUAAAUUUUAUAACAGUUACCGUUAAUUAUUGGACUAUCAGAUGUUCAAUAAAAAAUAAUUGUGGUAUAUUUUUAAAGUCAAUUCUUAAACCAAACGAUAACUUAAGAAUUAUGUUAAUGAAUAUAGAAGGUAAUCUACAUUAAAUCAUCGCUAACAAGAGGAGUUAAUGCUAUUGUUAUAGGCUAUGAAUAGUGAAAAGUAAUACCCAAAUAACCCUUAACAAUUAAUUGAAGAAGCAGAGAAAUAUUAUUUAGAAAAUUGA